ACUCGCUUCUUGAGGAAACUAUAUCAACGUUGGAAUAUGCGACUCGCACAAAAAAAAUCAAAAAUGCGCCACUUGCGCAAAUUAAAAAGGAGGCCUCGGGGGUGGAGAUGGAUAUUCUUAGGGAGAAAUUAAAGGUGGCGGAGGAGGAAAUAUCCUCGUUGAAGAGGAAGUUGGAGGAGUAUGAGGAGGGGCUCUUGGCGGUGAUGUAA